GCACAACGACACACGUUAAACGCUGUUCUUGCGAACAUUUAGUUACAGAAUACGGAAAUACCACUUUUACAGGUAUAGUUUAAUAUCAAUAGCUGGUAGUCGCUAGCUGGUAACCUAGAGCAGUACUCUCGUCGCCAAAACAAACGAAAAAAUGAAUCCCGCUUCAGACGGUCCUGUUAUCACGCAAGGCAUUCAUGCUCGGGUAAUCGGAGUCGACAACCCUGCGCUGCAACAAGAUUGGCAAACUGGGGAAAUAGGAAACAUCCGGAACAGUGAUUGGCAAUCGAGCAGUGGGUCGGCUUGUGACGGUAAUCGCAAUCAGAGUUCGUACGAAGCGAAAGACGACUGUUAUUCUGAUAAUACUUCAAUAAGCAGCUCACGCGCCAUGGUAAACAAUAAAACCACUUGCAUCGAUGAGGUGACUGAGCCAAACAGUUUGACUAAAGGCGCACGGCAAUCCAUAAUCAGUUUUCAUGGAAUUAGAUACGAAGUACAAGAAAAGUUGGACGAUGUACCUCUUUGUGGAAAGAUGGGCGACAAGGAAAUUUUAAAGGGCGUAAGUGGCCUGUUAAAGCCCGGAUUGAACGCUAUUAUGGGGCCUACAGGAAGCGGUAAAACCUCGCUUUUGGAUAUACUCGCGAAAAGAAAAGACCCACGCGGUUUGAGGGAAGGCAUCGUAUUGUUAGACGGAGAUUUGCCGCCUGUUAAUUUCCGUCUUAUGAGCGGCUAUGUCGUACAGGAUGACGUCGUCAUGGGAACCCUCAGUGUUCGUGAAAAUUUGGCGUUUUCAGCCAACCUUCGAUUGUCCGGAGAUAAAUUUAACGCUAAACAACGAGCUGAUAAAGUAUCGCAUGUCAUCAAACAACUAGGACUUCAAAAUUGUGCCGAUACCAAGGUUGGAAACGAAUUUAUUCGUGGAGUAUCGGGAGGUGAACGAAAGCGGGUGAACAUAGGAAUGGAACUUAUUCUCGAUCCACCGAUUAUUUUUCUUGACGAACCAACAACUGGUCUUGAUGCAAAUACAGCAAAUGCAAUUAUUUUAUUGUUGUACAAUCUUGCGAAGGAAGGUCGUAAUAUUAUCUUAUCAAUUCAUCAGCCGAGAUAUUCAAUAUUUUCUCUAUUCGAUCAUCUCAUAUUACUUCAACAAGGCAAUAUAAUAUACAGAGGAGCAGCAUCUGAAGCAGUCGACUACUUCUCAUCAAUCGGAUAUACUUGUCCUCAGUAUCAUAAUCCUGCUGAUUUCUUCCUUGACAUUGUUGGAGGUGAUAUUGCAACCGCUCAACUUCUUGGCAGAAUGCUAUCUCAGGAUCACAACCUAGAUUCAGGAUCGAAUGAAGAUCUUGAUGCGGUUGUGACAAUAUCUGCUGGUAACGGCGAUGCAAAUCAUUUGGAUGAAGUGUUAUCUAUAGAGAAUGGAGAUCAAAGUAAUGAAGAAGAAGCAGAAAAAUUACUACAAUCUUUCAAAAAUUCAUCAGUCUCUGAGAAUGAAGAAAAGAUACUUGAGUCCAUAUUGUCAAAAUUUCAAUCAAGACAUAUAGUUUCUGAAGUUCCCUCCAUCGACUUGCUGGAUGACGAUUUCAAUACAGAAUAUCCUAAUGGAUUCUUUCAUCAGUUGGCAAUAGUAUCAGGAAGAACAGUGCGGAAUCUUAUACGAAAUCCCAUGACGUCAAUCGCCCAAGUUCUACUGAUGGUUUUCUUUGGUGUGCUGAUGGGACUCAUUUAUUAUCAAUUGGACUUGACACCGGGUGGUCUACAGAACAGGGCUGGAGCUUUCUUCUUUCUGAUUAUGAUGCAAGUUAUGUCAAACCUUUCUGCAUUAGAGCUUUUUAUAAAACAAAGAGCACAUUUUCUGCAUGAAUCAGCAAGUGGUUACUACAGAGUAUCUGUUUAUUUCCUUGCACUCGUGUUUGCAGACUUGAUUCCGAACCGUGUUAUUCCGAACAUUGUUUUCAGUUCCAUUAUUUAUUUCAUGAUGGGUUUUCAACUUGAUGCUGGCAAGUUUUUCUUCUUCGUUUUGGCACUUGUUAUCACUGCAAUGGCUGCCUCGUCACUUGCUUUUUUAGUUAGUGCAAGUGUUCGUAUUUUUGCGUUAGCAAACAUUCUUGUUGCGGUACCAUAUUUGCUGAUGAUGAUGUUCGGUGGAUUUCUUGCAAACACAACAACCUUACUUGACUGGUUGGAAUGGAUUAAAUGGGUCAGCAUCUUCAGAUAUGGUAUAAAUGCGCUCACAAUCAAUGAAAUGUCUGGCUUAGUCUUCAUUGCAAAUAGUUCAACGCCAGGGUUUGAUCCUAAUUCACCUUCGCCAUGCUUUUAUAACACGACUCCGCCAGUGCCAAUUCCUGGAUGUACCACUGGUGAAAUGUAUAUGAAGGCUCAGGGAAUUCCUUACGGUACUGAUUGGGAUUUAUGGCUCAACAUUGUCGCUCUUUCAGCAAUGGCUCUCGGUUUUCUUCUUUUGUCAUAUAUUCAACUGAGAAGAAUCGAAAAGUUCAAAUAAUGAUGAUUUCUUUUUUUUUUGUUAACUGAUUUUUGGUUAAAUAUUGUAUGUAUGUAUCCGGGAUUUUCAAAACGAAUGUAUUAUGAUCAAGUAUUUUACAAUACAGAUAAUAAGAAAAAUUAUAAAACAUCUUUCAUGAUACAUUCCUGUUUAUACAUUGUUGCUUGCUUAAAUAUUAAGUGAAAUCUAUUUAUACAUUUGCAAUGAAACAUUACACUUUUGUCAGUUAAAUUUUUUUGUUGUUGUAAAAAUAUGAUAUUGCCAUGCGACACAGUAUUUCUUGACAAUUCCUGAUAAAUAUGAUCGAGAUCGUUUUUUAUUAAUUAAAAGUAAUUAAUAGCAUUAUGUUUACUGUGACAAUCUUUUGGAGAGUUGAAUUGAAAGAAGAAUAUAUGUUUGUUGAGUUUUUCAUUUGCAUACUCCAGUUUAUCUUCUAGUUACUGGUGUCAUGAAACUGUGCUUUGGUGAAAACUUUGCUUGCAUUUCACCAGUUUUUCUCUUAGUCGUGAAUUUUUAGAGGUUGUUUGUUUGACAUAUCGAUAAAAAGCCAGCUCCGCUUUUUCCAGAAUGAAUAUAAAAUACUAUUUCUCUUUUCUUUUACAUACUUCUGGAGCACCGUAAUAAGUCUGU